AUGAAUCGGUCCUCUUUGGUUGGCCUUGAAAACAGCUGUGAUCAUUUAUUUUUUCCAGUUCGUCUCCGAUACAAUUUUUCCGAUCUAACACACAGUAUUCUGAUCGUAGCGGCUAUUCUCAGCAUCGCCGCCUGUCCGUUCACCUGGUUUUUGAACGCGAUGAUUAUUUUGGCCGUCAAAACCAAACGACGUCUUCAAACUCACUCCAACAUAUUUUUGGCAUCUUUAGCGCUUACUGAUCUAGUGACUGGGUUGGUUGUUCAACCUCUGCAUGGAGUUAUGACAAUUUUUAUGCUGCAAAGAAAAGGUUUUCACGAAUUUUGCGAAGUAAAUCUGGCUUUUAGCUUCUCCUUCUUCCUAAUUUGCCAUUCUGUAGUAUGUCACUUGGUUUUGAUAUGCGGAGAACGAUACCUCACAAUCAAAUACUCUUUCACACAUCACGAAAUGCUCACUAAAACGCGUGUUCUAGUUUUAUCAGCCUGCGCCUGGAUCCCGGGCAUUCUUGUUUACUUCUUUUUGUCCAGGGCAACAAUGAUUCCAGUCACAGCUGUCACAAUAGCAUUGUUAAGUUCAAUCAUCUGCCUUCAGGUCCUCGUGUAUAAGGAAGCCAGACGCCAUGAAAAGCGGAUUCUUGCCUGUCAAGUUUCUGAGGAGGCCAAAGCCAAAUUCAAGGGAGAAAAAAAGGCCUUGAAGUCAACCACUUUGAUGAUAGUGAUAAUUUUGCUAUUUUUCAUUUUGCCAAUAGGUCUAAUGGUCGCCACAUGGUUUCUAUUCGGAGAAAAGUUUUCGGAAAGCGAAAAAACUACAGUUCGUCAUUUCGUGUUUGGAUUAAUACAAUUGAUUUCUACUGUCAACCCGAUUAUACACGUUUGUCGAAACAAACAAUUUCUCGUCGCAUUCAUUGAAUUGCUGUCGAAAAAAGGUUUCCAAGAGGCCGAAGAAAUUGCGAGGAAUCUGUGUAGACCAAGAAGCGUUGGAGUGAGACCUGAAGCUCGACAAGCAAUAGAAAUGGUGUAACAGAACUUCACUCAGUUCAAGCUGCCAUUAUAAGUGUGCCACGAGAAAUGAAGCCUUCAAAUCAGUAACACCACAGUAACUAUGAUAACGUGCAUGCAACGAAACAUUGAGAACCCACCCUUAGUGGCCACAGGAAGCCCAAGCUUCCACCAUGAGCCUUCUGUUUCUGCGGGGGUGCAGGCAUCCUAUUAUCACAAAAAUGAAACAUAUAAACAGAAAACUGUGUCUGCGAAGAUUUAGGUUACUCGGUAAAGGAAACAUUUUUCAGAACGGCCGACUAUCUUUGUCUCACACUGGAAUAGGAAGCAUCUCAGAUAGUGUUUUUAGUAUAUUAGUUAACUGUAACGCUUACCUGAAGCCUCGAGUAGGGGUGCAAAACCUCAAACUACUCGAGUGAAACGCACCUAAUUCCCCCCCUCCCCCAAGCAUGUCAUAAAAUUACUAUUUCGGAGUCCGUCGUAACAGAACUUGCAGAAACGAUGAAGGUUUAGAGGUUCAGAUGAAAUAACGUAGCCAUUAAAUGAUGUACAUGAUGUAAGAUUAAAAUGGAAGGCUGUAACAUACCGAAGAGUUUGGUUUGUCAUAACCCUGGCCUGUGCAAUUUAUCAUAACCUGUUUAAUGCAGACACGUGUUAGGGUCAAGUCGAAGUCUCAGCAGAGCUCUUCUAGAAGCAAAAAAAAGUUUUAGACCUGCCUUAGUUUCGAUCUUUAGAUGCCCCGUGUCGUUUUUUCAGAUGAGUCCUAAGAAGAGACUUCGAAACAAAACAACACAAUAAAGUUGAAGCGUUUUAUUUACAAAUAUCUGAUAAAUACUAUUGAAGUUUCUGAGACGCAUUCGGCACCUAAAUACGUUUAUUCUGUGAAUUUUUUUCUGUGUAGAUUUUAGUUUUGAAAUAUUAAAAAAGAAAGACUCUCCAGUUGGUUUAUUGAACACGUUGAGGCAGGUCCUUUCUAAAAGCAAUUACAUUCGCCCUUUGUUCGCCAUGCUCGUCUCAAACACCUCUAAGCUUUUAUUUUACAAACUGUAUACCAUUAAGUUUCCAUACAGCAUUUCUCUGUGGACAGGCUCUUCGUCAUUUACAAAGUACGCUUCUAUAAUUAAGUUAUCGUGUGACCUUAGCGUUCGAGUGAUCAUGAGAGUAGUCCUGAAAUGGACUUUUGUCGGUGGCAGUGACUCAGAGAACACUUUAUUUUAUUGUAACUAUGUACAAGAUAAAAAUUUUUUUUUUAGCUUAUUUCAUUUUGUAACAGGCUCUUAGAGGCACGAGCAUCCUACAUACUUUGCACUGAGUAAUAAUAACUUUUUUUCAUUGUUCACAAAUGGUUAAUUCUUGUAAGCAUUGAUGUAAAAUCCUUUACCAGGCCAUAGAUUACGUAUGCAUUGUGUUUUAUUAGUUGAGGCUCGGAGGGACACUGCUUUUGUGUCCGUCGUAAUAUUUUCCUGCUUUUUGUCUGUUGGUUUCAGUUUUGGCGAGAAAGAUUUUCCAUUUCUCCCAAUUUUCUCGCCAUUCUGUUAAUUCGUGCCUAGUCUUGAAUGGCUUGAUAGAGAAAUGUUCAAUUGAAUGUUAAAAGUAGUCCCACAAUGCUUUGGUUUUGCUUUAUUUUCUGUGAUUGGUCUAGAAAAGUCGUGCCACUUUCUUGACCAAUCAGAUUCAAAACAUAAGUCAAUCACGACUAGAUCACCCGCGUUUUCCCGCGCUUCAGACAGUUUUCAAGUUCCUCAUUGGCUCCUAGUGACAUUUUCCUUAUUAUGAUAGGCUCUUGAGACUACUUUGCUUUUAGUUUUAUGACGGUCAAUCGAGAAAUUGCUCUAUACAUCACAGUCGAUAUGUUAUUCUAAGAUUCUAAUUUUAGGACUGUUAUUUCUUCAUUUCUAAUCACAUAUCUUCCAAAUCGGUUUCUCCUUCGGAUCCACUGUGGGAAAGCUUCCUUUCCUUCGAUUCUUUAUUUUUAUACACCUGUAUCAUCAUGGCCUCUUGUUCUUGAAGAUGCUUGACUGCGGCAUUGUGCUCCUGAGCUCGCUGCCUCAGUGACGCAAUACUGUGGGACCUAAGGUCAUCCACAGUCUCUUUCGAGGUCUCUACCUUGAUUUUAUCUUCCAUGAGCUUUGCUUUUUUAUGCAUGCCGAGCAGCCAUGGGGCCGAGUUAGAGGUGAGAUGAGGGGGAAGGGGUAAGGAGUGUCGUACCAUCGCUCCAUACAACCCGUACUCGGCCAUUAUGGAGCUGUGACUUUUCCUUCUUUCGCCAUUUUGCUCAUCGAUUUUGAAACCAGACCUGACGAAGUGAAAAUAAGAGUUACUCCAUUAGUUUCAGCUCGUAAUGCUCUUUGAAAAAAGCGAGCAAGGCAAAAAUGAUUUAAUGAAGGAGCGUUUGUUCCAUAAGUUAUAUAAGUUCAGUGACGAACCGACUUCGAGGGCGGAAAACACUUCGGAAAGCAAAAGAAGAGUACAUCAACCUUCAUUUUCAUUCUACAAAAGAUCAAAGAUUUCUAUGUAAAACUCAUUUUCGAUGAUUUUCGAAAAGCACAGUCCUCGUGUUUCUAAAAAAUGUCGCAGAAAAUUUUUCAUGCAACUCUGGUUGAGGCUUUUUGCAGUCAAGACAAAUUGUUGUUAGCGUUCCUUAACAUAUAACCGACUACAUGCAUCUAGUACAGAUAUCUCUGAUAACGUUUUUAUGAAAGAGGAAAUUGAGAUUUAUAUUUUCAAACAAAAUAGCAUCAACUUAAAAAACAGGCUCCCCUAUUAUAAGAAUAUUGAAAAUUUUGAUUAUUCGCAGUGAGUUUUAACAAGGUAAGAAGAGCCUCUUCAAACGUAAAUUGUAAACAAAGUGCUAAAAGAAGGCUCUCUAAAUGGAAGGUCUAAGACAGUUUGGAAAAUAAAGGCUAAGAAUAAAUUAAAGAAAACGACGUCUUUGUUGUUCAUUCGAGGAAGUCUUUUCUUUGAACUUGAAACUAAUAAACAGAGAUAAGCAGAGUUAUCUUUCUUCCAAGGCUGCCGGGAUAAACUUUUCAGUUAUUAAUUUUCCAAUCCGAUAAAUUUACUACCUAUUUCAUAACAGUUCAUGUCGCUCUGAACCGAAUAAGAAACUUGCUCCUGUCCAAUUUCUGUAAUCCCAGACUCGACUUAUCGAAGCGGAAAUCUGUUCACUUUUUUUCAUAAUAUGCUGGCGGUGUGCAACUCAGGAAUUUUACGUUAUUAAAAAGAAAGCAAUGUUUACUUGGUGCUGCAAUUAAUCUCUGCUUUUCGAGCGCUGUUUAUGUGUUAAUUUUAUGCCUAAUGACCUAUUGUGGAUGGCAUGAUUAUUGUACGAAUUAGCGAUUUUGUUGAGUAUGCGUGAGGUCGUUAAAAGUUAGUUUAUAUCAAAACCUUAUUUAUGGGCAAGUUUUGUUCUAAAAUUAAUCGUAAUGAUCUUUAGUGAUCUUAGUGGUUCGUAAAGACCUAAAAGUCAAGGUUAGAAUUUGCCGAGAAGACGGAAAAAAAGACUGUUAAAAAUAGUUAUCAUCUAUUCUUUCCCACAUGGUACCAUAGAUAAACAGCCUUUCCCAUUUUGAAAUGCGCAAAGUUUUCAGUUAAAACUCAUUCUUUCGGCGCACGGCAUGCAAACACGGAAACCCCUGAAAACAAGAAAGGUGGCCACACGCUUAAACUUUUAAAAAGGUUUGAAUUAGUAACGAUUUCUGCAAUAAGUCUCACGCUCGUGACAACACCCAAAAAGAUCAUCUUUCAUUGUUUCCCCAAGUUAUCUAACACUGUUGACUUCGAGCAUUAAAACUGGCGUUUUUCGGUUGUAACAUUUCAGCCUGACAAAGCAUCGCCAGAAAUCAAGGAUAUUUCGAGCCCGCUAACAAUUAUCAGCGGUAUAUUGUAUUACACUCCGGAACAAUAGAAUAUCAAGAGAAUUCAAUAUGGGGGCGAUCACGGCUCGAUCUGCAAAGAAGAGUGUUUCGUACCAUGACUUAUACAAUUUGAGCACCGCAGAUCUUCUAUUUGAGUAAGUAAAUCUUUGGGAUUUUUCGAGGCAGAGCGAUGACAUGAUGUCAGAAUUUUGAUUUGCUUUAAUUUAAUUUUCGCGCUAAGACUACUGAAUUUGCAUUCAAUGCCUGGCAUAUUUUUAUUCCGAAAAGGACCUGAGAACUAAUUUAUUUCCCUGCAAGAACAUAUAUAAACAAAUAUGGCCGACGAUUCGAAGAUCAGCGUUGCUUGUGUUUAACUAUUUCAGUCAUAGUUUUCAACAUGGCGUCUCGUCACUUACUCAACAUGGAAAAUAAGGGAUAUUCUGGCGCGUUAGGAAGUUUUUCGAUGGGAGGAAAUGGCAUUAUUUGGACGCCAUUAUGGACGAAAUGCGCAAGCGCGGCCGCCAUCUUGUCCAAUAUUUCUGCCGAUGGGGAGAGAUGGAAUCAUUUCUUCUGGGGGAAAAUUGACCUUUGGCUCUACUCAGUCAACAUACUCAUUUUUACCUUAAGCUGCCAUAUAAAGUAUAAGUAAUAACAAAAUUACGAGAGCAGUUUGGUGUAAAUAAGUAUGAGUCAAUUUUUCAAAGACAACUAAAUUGCACUCGCCCUACGGUCCCGUGCAAUUUGUAGUCUUUGAAGAAUGUACAAGUGGUUAUUUACACCAAACUGCACGUUAUAUCAUUUGUUACUUUUUAGUAAUUUGCAUGAAAAACGCAUACACGCAUACGCACUUACAUAGGCACCACGUGUUAACUGUCCCUUUAACUGUCCAAUUACAAGCAAUAAUUGUAACAGGACUAAGUGGAGUCCAAUUCGCUCUGAAAUCAAACCUGCAAUCAUAACGGUGUAACAAAAUUGGACGGUCACGAAGCGGGAGUCCAAUUUGUCAAUCACGAGCAUGAUUACAGACAGAAUUGGACGACAAGAAGUCCUGUUACCAAUUAAUCAGAACUGUUACAAUUUCUGAAAACGACAAAUACAUUUAGGUCAAAUCUCUCUGGUAGAGACAAUAUUUAGAGUAAAAAUUUUCCAUUUUGGAAAUUCCUCAAUUUUUUUCUUAGGAUAAGUGGUUGUUGCUAUGGUUAUUGUGAUUAAUUCCGUGAUUGGUGGAUUUGGCUGAGUGGACUUAAUACGAUUGGCUGGUUCAACUGUCCGAUUACAGCCAAUUGUCCGAUUACAGCUCUAUAGAAUGAUUAGUAAAAAAGAAAGCAGCUAACGCGCCAAUCACGUUUGAGGAAAUUGUAAUGGUUAUGAAUAAAAAACUGAUAGCUUCUAUUCACUCGCCAAAAUUUUGCCACGCGCGUUCGCUUUAUUACACUCACAUUCCUCGCACGCACCGCACGUCCCUACAUUCAAGAUAUGCUUUCGUUCGAAUCAUGGAAUGCUAGCUGGAUAUUCUACUCUUGAAUAUUUAUAUAUUUUAUUUUUUUCUCAAUUCGUGAGCGGGCGGUAUUCCACAAAUCCUGUAAUCUGAUUGGUUCCGAGAGCGGGCAGUAUUCUUCCCAUUCGGCCCGCUCACAGCAGGCGGUUCUUUUUACAACCAUUUGUUAGGUUUUAGAAAAAAAUAAAAAUGUUAUUCACCAGCCAAGGUCAGUCCGUAUUGGGAAAAACUGUGCCCUCUGUCUUGUGUACCGUAUCCAAGACCUCGGGCACAGUUUUUCCCAAUACGGACCUCCCGUCUAGUGAACAACAUAUAUUUCUUUCAAGAUCAUGAGUAAGUUCUUUUCACCACCCACAGAACCUCACAUUAGACGAGAUUGACGAGAGAAUCAGAAGCUUGCUCCAUUCAUUGUCCAUGGAAAUUUCAAGCUGACUGAAUUUGAUGCAAAAAUAUCACCGUAGAAUAAUCAGUAGCUUGUACUGGGUGUUAAGUUGGAUCAAGAGUCGAUCAAGAGUACGCCAUUUAGGUGCGUGUGGGCAGAUGAAGCACAUGACUAUAGUCAAAGACUGAAAGGCAGAAAGAGAAACACUAAAUUGCUAUUAUUUCGAUUCGAACUGUUUACCGAUGACCUUCUCAGCGAGAGAGUGUCGAAAGGAGGCUUGGAAAAAGACAAAUAUAAACAUAAGGUCGCAAAAGGACUUUCCUCUUUUCGCGCGGUAAAAAACACUUGAGUUUCUUCAACCUACAGAAGCUCUGAGAGAAACAUUUAUGGAGUCGGUAACAGCCUUUUUUACUGCUUACUUCUUAUCCCAUAAGAAAAGGCUUUCAGUAGGUCAGGCUGGAUAUAAAUCAUUAGCCAGUACUCAGUGUAACAACCAUAUCUAUUCAAUCUUGUACUGCUAAUGGAAUACAAGCACCAUUUACAGAUACGUUGAUAGUUUUUAAAAUGUCCACUAGAAAAUUGACCCAUAUUACAUGGCCUCAGAGUAACGACACCGCCGAUUUUUGACAGAUGAAAGUCGAGUCGGCGGUGAUUAGUCCCUCUAAUAGCGACCAAUACAUAAUAUCGACCAUAUAAGGCCACUCGGUGUUGCAUGCGUUCAAACCUGAUUCUCAGCUAAUUGCUUUCCGCUUAACGUGAUUCUGUACUUGUUAAUUACAUUAAUUACAACAGAGAUAUCCGAGUUUCCUGGCUUCAAGUUCUUCGUCGGCAAAUUCAUUCAUCAACACAAUAAAUUUUGUUUCUUAGGCAACAUCUGGUACUUGUGAAAAAAAAAAGUCGUGGAUGGUAUCGUUCCAGCCACGAAAAUUUUUUCCAUAAGUAUUUGAAACAUUUUUCAUCGUCUCUGUUGUAACUCGUGAAUGCCAGCCGCGAGAAGUUUUUCCACAAGUAUUUGUCAAUUUUUCAACUUUCGGUGCGCCCCUGAUAAAGGAAAUACAUUUGCAUUUACGUCCACUUCACUUCUUUCUUCUCUUUAUCUUCUCUGUUUCAAAAGCAACGCACUUUCUUUGCGAUAUUCAGUUGCAAGAGUUCUCGUUUGGGUGAAGACAGUUGUCGAAAAACGCACUGUGCUGUGUGGCGAAAAUGAAUCGGUCCUCUUCGGUUGGCCUUGAAAACAGCUGUGAUCAUUUAUUUUUUCCAGUUCGUCUCCGAUACAAUUUCUCUGAUCUAACACACAGUAUUCUGAUCGUAACGGCUAUUCUCAGCAUCGUUGCCUUUCCGUUCACCUGGUUUUUGAACGCGAUGGUUAUUUUGGCCGUCAAAACCAAACGACGUCUUCAAACUCACUCCAACAUAUUUUUGGCAUCUUUAGCGCUUACUGAUUUAGUGACUGGGUUGGUUGUUCAACCUCUGCAUGGAGUUAUGACAAUUUUUAUGUUGCAAAGAAAAGGUUUUCACGAAUUUUGCGAAGUAAAUCUGGCUUUUAGCUUCUCCUUCUUCCUAACUUGCCAUUCUGUAGUAUGUCACUUGGUUUUGAUAAGCGGAGAACGAUACCUCACAAUCAAAUACUCUUUCACACAUCAAGAAAUGAUCACUAAAACGCGUGUUCUAGUUUCAUCAGCCUGCGCCUGGAUCUCGGGCAUUCCUGUUUACUUUUUUUUCUCCAGGGUGACAAUGAUUCCAGUCGUAGUUUUCACAAUAACAUUGUUGAGUUCAACCAUCUUCCUUCAGGUCCUCGUGUAUAAGGAAGCUAGACGCCAUGAAAAGCGGAUUCUUGCCAGUCAAAUUUCUGAGGAGGCCAAUGCCAAAUUCAAGGGAGAGAAAAAGGCCUUGAAGUCAACCACUUUGAUAAUAGUUACACUUUUGCUAUUUUUCAUUCUGCCAAUGGGUCUUUUGUCUGCCACAUGGUUUCUAUUCGGAGAAAAGUUUUCGGAAAGUGAAAAAACUAUAGUUCGUCAUUUCGUGUUUGGAUUAAUACAAUUGAUUUCUACUAUCAACCCGAUUAUACACGUUUGUCGAAACAAACAAUUUCUCGUCGCAUUCAUUGAAUUGUUGUCGAAAAAAGGUUUCCAAGAGGCCGAAGAAAUUGCAAGGAAUCUGUGUAGACCAAGACGCGUUGGAGUGAGACCUGAAGCUCGAAAAGCAAUAGAAAUGGUGGAGCAAAACUUC